AUGAUGCAGACGACUCAUGGAGCAGAGUGGAGGCAAGCCCAUGUGGAGUCUUCCCCCUUCUACACCAACAAAGAGGUGGACCACCUCAUCAAAGAUGUGGAGCAAAGUGUGACAAGUGAGCUAGAGGGAGGCGAUCGCUCCAAGGCCAUGAAAAGAUUGAGAGUUCCACCCCUUGGCGAUGAGCAACAUCCAUGGACAAACUUUAAGAUGGGUCUCUUCAUAGGCAUGUUUGUGGUUCUGGUCAUCGUCAUCAUUAUCUCAGCAAACUUCAUCGACCACUCCUCAGACUGGGAGCCGGCGUUACAGAUGUACCGGGGCAUGUUUCUGGUCAUCUUUGACCUCUUCCUUCUUGGGGUCAACACAUAUGGCUGGAGGUCAUCUGGGGUCAACCAUGUUUUGAUCUUUGAGAUUGAUCCCAGGAACCAUUUGUCACAUGCUCAGCUGUUGGAGCUGGCAUCCUUCCUGGCCGUGAUGUGGGCGCUGAGUGUCAUCUCCUACCUGUACUGUGAGUUUAUCGGCAUCCCCCCGAUGGCCAUGCCUCUGUCGUUUGCCACAUUCCUCAUUGUGGCCCUCAUCAACCCCUUCAAGUUUUUCUAUUACAGGGCCCGCAUGUGGCUGCUGAGGAUAUUGUUCCGGAUCUUCACGGCCCCAUUCCAUCAUGUGGGAUUUGCAGAUUUCUGGUUGGCUGACCAGUUGAACAGCCUGGUGACUGUGUUGUUGGACUUGGAGUUCCUCAUCUGCUUCUAUGCCUUCCAGGUGGAGUGGCUGGGCACCAACUCCGGCAAUGUGUGUAACCAGCAUAAGUUUGGUGUCCGCGCCAUAGUUGCCUGCCUGCCAGCCUGGUUCCGGUUCGCCCAGUGCCUGCGACGUUACAGGGACACCAAGUUAAUAUUUCCUCACAUUGUCAACGCUGGCAAAUAUUCUACAACCUUUUUUGUUGUGCUCUUCUCCACAUUGUACAAGGUGCACGUGGAACUGUAUGGGGCCCAAUAUCGGCAGGCCUCUGUGUUUUUCUACCUGUGGAUUGCGGCAGCUGUAAUCAGCUCCUCCACGGGGCUAAAUGGCUCUUUCUUUGCCAUGGCCGAGGAUCUGGUUCUGCGCUUUCUCUGGACUUUGACGGUUUCUGUAGCAGAGGGACUCUUGUACAAUUCUCACAUUCUCAGCACAUUGUUCUCCUGCCUAGAGGUGUUCAGACGAUUUGUCUGGAACUUUUUUCGAUUGGAGAAUGAGCACUUGAACAACUGUGGUCAGUUCCGGGCAGUCAGGGACAUCUCCAUUGGCCCAAUCGACUCCAACUAUGAGCAGCAACUGCUGGACAUCAUGGACGAUGAAAACGGCACCGACUGGCGGCUCAAUGACAAAAGAAGGAGGGGGCUUCGUUGUACAUGGUUAUGGCUGAAACCCCUAGUCCACAAAGUACGGAUGUUUAUAGAUGAUGAUGAUGAAAGAGUUCCUCUAGUCAAUGGAAGCAAACAGCUCAAGAGAAUCUGA